CAUGCGCGGUAACGCUCCAGGCUAGGGAGGCUCGUCGUGGCUGGCUUCAGGAGAGGGCGGGACCGGCUCUGAGCUGUGGUGCCUCAUCUCUCCCAGUCCCGGCCCUCCAGCCUCCUGGGAAAGUCGCGCGUGGGCCACGACCCCGCCUACUCGUCAGAAUCGCGGAGAAGGGAAGUGCGCCUCUCUGCCUGAGUUCGGAGUGGGAGGCAGAGCGUUCAGCUUCCUGGUGCCUCUCGAUCCCCCGGGACAGAGGCAGGCUCCGAGGGCUGGGAGGCCCCUAGUCCUCGGCUUGCAGCCUGGGUCCACCAUGCCCCCCAAAACUAAGAUGUUGAGUCAAGAUGAACUACGGAAAAAGCUGUACCAGACGUUUAAGGAUCGGGGUAUACUGGACACGCUCAAGACACAACUGAGAAAGCAGCUGAUUCACGAGCUGAUGCACCCCGUGCUGAGCGGAGAAAGGCAGCCCCAGUCCAUUUCGGUGGCAGGGAGCUCCCUCUUAAUCGGUGCUUCUAACUCUCUGGUGGCAGAUCACUUAGAAAAAUGUGGCUACGAGUAUUCACUUUCAGUUUUCUUUCCGGAAAGUGGUUUGGCCAAAGAAAAGGUAUAUACAAUGCAGGAUCUAUUACAACUCAUUAAAAUCAACCCUGAAUCCAGUCUCUACAAAUCACUGGCGUCAGGAUUUGAUAAAGAAAACAAAAAAGGUUUUCUCAUGGAGUUUCUCAAACAGAUGGCAGCCUAUCUCCAAGCUAAAGAGACCUGUGAUACGGGCACUCAGACAAGUCCGAGCACUCAGACAUUACCUAGCAAGGAUUCUCUUGCUGAGAAGCUUCAAGUUAUUGAUGAUCAGUUUGCAGAUACUUACCCUCAGCGACUAAAGUUAGAAUCUUUAGAAAUAAAGUUAAAUGAGUAUAAGAGAGAAAUAGAACAGCAGCUUCAGUCAGAAAUGUACCAAAAGAUGAAGUAUUUAAAAAAUACUGAAAUAGCAAAACUUUUCAUGGAAGAGAAAAGAAAGUAUGAGAAAGAAUUAGCUGAGUUCCGGAACCAAUUUGAGAGAACUCGUCAAGCAAAAUCUGAAGCCCUCAUUUCUCAGGAAAAGAUGACCCUUGAGAGAAUUCAAAAGCACCAGGAGAUUGAAACAAAAGAAAUUUAUGCUCAAAGGCAGCUUCUACUAAAAGAUAUAGAUUUGCUAAGAGGCAGAGAAGCAGAGCUGAAGCAAAGAAUCGAAGCUUUUGAAUUGGCCCAGAGGCUACAAGAAGAAAAAAAUAAAAGUGUGACUGAUGCUCUUAGGAGACGGGAGCUGAAUAUAAAGAAUAUUGAGGAGACCUAUGACCAGAAGCUGAAGAAUGAAAUUCUAAAGUAUCAGCUUGAGCUAAAGGAUGACUACAUCACCAGAGCUAGCAGACUGGCUGAAGAGGAAAGGAAGAAUAAAGAGAAAGCUAUACAUUUGCAAGAGGAGCUCACAGCUGUUAAUUUAAAAAAGGAACAACUGAUUCAUUCUGUAAAUCGUGUGAAAGAACUUGAGCUUGAGCUAGAGUCUGUGAAGGCCCAGUCUUUGGCAAUAACAAAGCAAAACCACCUGCUGAAUGAAAAGAUUAAAGAGAUGAGUGACUAUUCCCUACUAAAAGAAGGGAAACUGGAGCUUCAGGCACAAAAUAAAUUACUUAAACAACAAAUUGAAGAGAUUAAAAAUGAAAACUUGCAUCUCUUAAACCGCAUAGCUCAGCCAUCUCCCGAGCUGGCAAUUUUGCAGAAAGAAUUAAAGAAAGCAGAAAAUGCUAUCAUGAUGGAGCGUAAGGAGUUUGAGGCCCAAAAGCAAGCUCUGCACAAACAGCUGCAAACCGAAAUUGAGCAUUCCGCACAGCUGAAGGCCCAGAUACUGGAUUAUGAUGCCUCCGUAAAGAGGUUAACUAUGCAGGUCGCCGAUUUAAAAUUGCAACUGAAACAAACUCAGACAGCCCUAGAGAAUGAAGUGUACCGCAAUCCAAAGCAGUCUCUGAUCCAUCGUUCUGUCCCCGGAUUCAUGGCGCCUCACGAUGGUGACACGAGCGGGGACUUUUUGAAAACUCUCAAAGAGGAAAAGCCGAUGGCAGUCACAGUUACACCAAGGGUCAUACAUUAUCCAAACACAAGCACGGAUGGCAGCUCCCCCGAUUCCGACCUUGAGUUUGUAGCCAGUACCAAGGCGAGAAUGAGAGAGCUAGAGCGAGAGGCCAACCGCUUGGACAAAGCUUUCCAGGAUUACCAACGAAGAAUGAGUCAGUAUCCCGCCACCAGGACCCCACUGGCAGCCAGGAGCCCGCCAGCCCUGCACUUGCUAGGAGCUCUCAAGAGCAUCCCUUCGGGUUCCUCCGAAAGGAACAUGUUGGCAGAGGACGGGACCGUGUCUGAGCCGCCUGCGGGGGACGUAGCAACAGCGCUAGAGGGCACCAUGGCCUCACGGCUGCGCAGAGGCACUUGCCGACGCCCCUCCUCCACGCCCCUGGCAAAGGCCAAACGAGGCCUUGAUGACAAAAUGCAUCUGGAAGGCCUGGGCCGAGCCCACGUGGCGGCUGCCAGCCCUCGCUCUGACAGAACGCCCCGACCUUCUCCUGCCGAGUCUGGCCGCAGCCUUCCGGUCCAUUCAUUCUCCAGCUCCCUGAAGCAGAAGGCCAGUCUUUAUCAAAGGCAAACUGAACUUCAAGACAAAAGUGAAUUUUCAAAUCCCGACAAGCUGUCUUUUAAGGAUAAUGAGGAACUUGAAUCAUCUUUUGAACAUGGAGGGCCCCUACCAAAGCCGUUUGAAGUGGAUGGCCUCCAUCCCGCUGGCGACAUGCCUCAUCUGGACUCUGCCGCAGCCACUGCUUCCACACCUGUCUCCUGUCACUUCCCAAGUGUAGAUCAGAAGAAACAAAUUGGAGAAAAGAGAGAAGAAAAAGUAUGGGAGCAGCAGGCGAAAGAACAAAGGCAGAGAGAAGAAAGAAAGCAGAAUGAACAAGAAGCUUUAGAAAGGGAACGAAGAGAGCUAGAAAAACUGGAUCAAGAAAGGCGGAUGAUCGAAGAGUCCCUGAAGAUUGAAAUGGAGAAAGAAUUAGAAGGAAGUAUUCAAGAAAUGAAAGACAAAUCUGCUCGUGCUGAAAACCCUUUAGAGAAAUACAUGAAAAUCAUCCAAGAGGCCCAUGACACAGCAGAUAAGGUGCUGAAGCUGUGGACCCGCUGUCUGGGAGCUCAAAGAUUGUCAGAGAAGAUUCACAAAUGGACACACUGCCACCUAGUGACAAAGACGAAAGUUUCACAGGCCCUUCUCAUGAAGAACCAGAUGACUCUUGGUAACCAUGCAUGUGGCCCAGCUUCUUAUUCAUGUAACUGAAGGCCAAUGAGUUCUCUGUAAUAAGACAAAAUCUCAAUAAAAAUUGUGUAAUCCAG